UGGAAGUAGGCCAGACAUUAUUAGAAUAAUCUGGUGACAGUUUGGUUUUUAUAUCCAUAAAAAUAUUAUAAAAGUAAUCAUUUUUCAAAAUUGUAUGUGUAAUUUUCACCCGGUCCCUAACUCGACGCUGCAAAGUAGCGUUUUCCGAAUGUGAGACGAAUGUCGAAUAUGAAACUAACUUCACCUCGCUACUUCUGGCAAUGUAAUAUUUACAUUUAUGCAUUUAGCAGACGGUUUUAUGCAUUUAAAGUUGGUGGAUAUACAACUUGUGACUGCUGUAGUGAAGGUAAGCAUAAGAUGCCGCUUUCCAACAAGCGAUCCAGGGCAGCAAAGAAGAGGUGUGCUGCUCCAGAGGACCACGCGUCCACUGGCGAGGUUAAACUUCCUGAUGAAAAAAAAGCUAAACCAUCGGGGGUUGGGCAACCUCCCUAUCCCAAGGCCAAACAAACUUUACCAAACUCUACCAACAAACAAACUGUUACAAACUCUGAAAACCAACCAACUAUACCAAACUCUACCAACCAACAAACUGUUACAAAUUCUGAAAAACAAACUAUUACAAACUCUAACAACCAAAAACUUUGUGCAACCUGUUUCUGCAAUGAGAUGUCAGACUCCGUAUCCGUACACCUUUGUCAAACAGACAAACUAACUCCAACUAACUCAAUGCCAACUACUGUGGGAAACUCUGUGAACAAGCACCCUGUUACUGAUGAUGGUUUCUCCUUGACUAAACCUGUUACUUUUCCAGAGAGAUCAGUGCUGAUGGGAUCGUUUCAUCAAGGUCAUCCACAGUUUGGAGAUGAACAGAACAAGCAGUGUGGUGCCAUCAGUCUGACUGCAGUUUUGAAGAGCAAGACUAAGAGUGUGUUGACUUGGAAUACUCGAGAUUUAGAUGAUGUUUUGGUGAAAGGGACUUUCCUGUAUAGAUCAAUGAGAGCUCAGGGUAAAGUAAGAGACUAUGUGAGAGGAAGAGGUUACAUUGCUGUGUCUGAACUGCCAACAAGACAGAUUGUGGAACUCUGAUUUCAGAAUAAACUUUGCUGAGUCGUU